AUGAGUGGACCAACUAAAGCAGUAAAAACAAAGUUAUUCAUUGGAAAUCUUGAUCCAGCAACUCAACCUGCUGAGUUAUCUGAACUAUUUACAGCCUAUGGUAGUAUACUUGAAGCAUCCGUGAUCAAAGAUUACGGUUUUGUGCAUUAUGGUUCAAUUGAAGAAGCGGAAAAGGCUGUAGCUGCAUUGAAUAAUAAAGAAUUUCAUGGAAAAAGAUUACGUGUUGAACUUUCAACAAGUACAGUGCGGCAUCGACCUGGUCAGCCAGAACCUGCUAGUGCUUUGCGAAAUUCUCGUGCACGUGCUGCUGCGAUGGCUAGUGGAAAUGGUGUAUCACGUUAUAGUCCAGCUGCACCAACAGGUGGUGUAGGUCCAAUGCGUCAUAGUGCAUCAGCAUGGGCUCGUGGUGAUGCUCGUCCUUAUGAUGGUAUUCCAAUGGAUCCCAGUGCUAUGAGUGCUGGAUAUGGUCCAGUAUCAUCUAAUUAUGAUCGUCAACGAUCGUACGAUAUUCGAUCAGAUCCUCGACAUUACUAUGCAGAUAGACGUGAUAGUGGUUAUGGAUCUGGAUAUGAUGCAUCUCGUGAUAAUUUAUAUGGUGCACCAGGAUAUGUUAGUACGAGUGGAAGUAGUGCAGGACAAGCUGGAAUAUAUUCUAUGCGUGAUUAUCGUGAUUUACAACCACAUGUUCGUGCAGAUAGUCUAGGUUAUAGUACAACUCGAAUGUACGAUCGUAAUCCAGGUACAUCACCUGUAGAUCCAUAUUAUGGUGGUAGUUUACCUCAAGGACCACCAGCAUCUAUGGAUCCUUAUCAGAAUUAUGAGUAUCAAAAAUUCUAUGCUACUAGACCUCGUGAAUCAGAAUUUCCAGUCUCAACUGGUCAAAAUCCACCAUCACGAGAGUAUGAUAUUUAUACAAACUAUCGUGCUGAUCCAUAUGCAUCAGUAGCUGGUCAAGGACCACCACUACGACAUGAUCUAGCGUUGACGUAUCAACAACAACAACAACAACAAGCAGGUUAUCCACCACCGACUCAACAAAGACAACAACCAGCAUAUGGAGGUACAUCAGGUGCGCCAACAGCAUCCUAUCCACCAAAUCUCGCACAAUAUUAUGGCGCUCAACAGCGAGCAUAA